AUGGACGACGCAAAGCCGGUGUGUUCUUUUGUGCGUAGACGUAAUAAGGCCUCAUUGAGAACAAGAAAAAGUAGAGCCUCUUUUGUUGUGUUUACUUUUUAGAAUCCUCGAGCAGUGAAGAAGAUGUGCAGAUAGUUCGUAAGAAGGGCAAAAUUGAGUCGAAUCCUCUUAUUCAGCAUGUAUUUUCUUAUUUUGUUUUCCAAUGAUUAAAAGACCUCACAUUUCGUAGCAAAGAGGAACAAAAAUUCGAACGACGAAGAUUCUGACGAGGAUGCGCCGACUUCAGUGGCCUUUAAAGCGAACUACGAGCCAGUAACAGUUUUAACCCGCUCGAAUAUCCGCCUUUAGACUCACUCUGGUCCCAAAGAUCAAGGCGCGACGGCCACCUCUGAAAUUGACACUGACUUCACCCAUGAUGCCCAGUCAAUAUUUCUACAGGCACAAAAAAUCGAUCGGGUAUGUUUUCUUUUAUCAUUAACCGUUUUAGGAAGUGAAAUCUAACCAGGAUAAGGUUUAUCGAGGAAUUAACAACUACGCCCGGUACAUUGAGCAGAAGGAUACCGUCCUCGGCAACGCUGCAAGCGGCUUUAAUAGACGGGGUCCGAUGCGGGCGCCGGCUCACCUACGUGCGACUGUACGAUGGGAUUAUCAACCGGAUAUCUGCAAGGUUUUAUGCGAUAAUGACCCCUUAAGAUUUAGGAUUACAAAGAAACUGGUUUUUGUAGCUUUGGUGAUAGCUGCAAGUUCCUUCAUGAUCGAUCUGAUUAUAAACAUGGCUGGCAAAUUGACCAAGAAGUGGCCGAAGGGACCUACGGCGUUGAAGGUGUUGACGAUCGUUAUGAAAUAAAAGACGAGGAAGGAGACGAUGACGCCGACGAGCAUUUACCUUUAAAAUGUCUGAUCUGUCGAGGCGACUACAAAGACCCAGUCGUUACUCGGUAACUUAUACUUGAAUGCGUGAUUUAACUUAACUAAAGUUGUAAACACUACUUUUGCAGCACAUGUGCUCUGAGACGCUUCAAAAAGACAGCUAGAUGCUAUGCAUGCACUGAAGAUACGAAAGGAACUUUUAAAAUUGCAAAGGACUUACUUGCACGCAUUGCAGCUAUCAAAGAAAAGCGCAAACUCAUGUCGGAGGAAGAUGAAGAGGACGACUCCGGUCAUCCUGGCCAUCAAGAUAAGGACGACCAUAAUUGUCAAACUGCUCACGAACAUGUACCUACUUCCCGCAGUGAGCAUUACAUUAGCUCAUCGGAACUCGAUGAUAGUUCUGAUGAAGAUGUACCUGCAGGCAGGAAGGCAACCUAUCCGACUCUUACGCGCCUGGAAGGUGCCCAACCUCAGGCCCCUGAAUACUGCGACAGCGAUGAGGAAUCAGACUGA